AGCUUCAUCAGACGAUAUUCACACAGAUGCAGUAAACGAAUGUAUCUGCUGGAGUGAGAUGUCUUCUCUUCCUUCAGAGAUGGAGUCUCAAAAUCCAAACCUGACCUGCGCCAUAUGCCUGGAGCGUUUCCGGGUCCCCGUAACCAUCCCCUGCGGUCACACCUUCUGUCAAAUAUGCAUCACCACUCACUGGGACACCAAGAGCAAGUCUGACAUCGGACCUCAGUGCCCAUUCUGCAACCAGGAGUUUGACACCAGGCCCGUUCUCAGGCGUAAUGUGUCCUUGUCGGUCUUGACUGAGGCUGCAAACAACAUCGGCCCCUCCUGCAGAGAGGCAAUCAUGAGGGGAAGCGACGGGGCAAGAGCCAUGCUGCUGUGUGACCGCCAUAAAAAGCCUCUGGUUUACUACUGCAGGCAGGACAAAAUGUCCGUGUGCUGCGAGUGUGGCAUUUCUGAAUGUGCAAACCACGAAAAGGUUAUGUUGGAGGCAGAAAGGGAAAGUCAAGAGCUGCUACUGGAAAGGAAGAGCAAGGAGGUGGGGAAACUCACUGAAGAGACGCAGAAAAGUAUAAAUGAAUUGGCUGAGAAUAUCAAUCAAGCUAAGGUGACUCUUCAGCAGACUUCCAGCUGGGUAAGCGCCAAGUUCUCCACGCUGAUCAGAAUACUGGCUGAGAAGCAGCAGGCUACAGAGCACUUUAUCGAGGCGCAGAAAGAAACUGCCAUCUCCGAGGCGGAGGCACGGGUAGCCGAACUCCAGGAGCGCUCCCAGAUACUCCAAGAGAGCCAGGGACAGAUCGCAGCUGUACAUAACCUCCCUGAUACAGAGCUCAUCAAGGAAUCAAUGGUCAUAGAAGUUCCACGUUUCAAAGAUAUUCCCACCGAUGUUUCGUCAAACCUUCAAGAUCGAUUAAACAGCGUCACAGAUGUCCUGUCCCGAGUCUCCAAGCUGGUGUGUGAGGACCUGGAGAAAGCUGUGAGCGCCGCUAUGGGUCCAGACAAAGAUGGUUCUCCUCAGGAUAAGAGGCCGGUCCUAGCUGUGGUUCCCAGCCCGGCUGCUCCGUGCCACCCUGGUGGGAAGGAGGGCCUCAGUGCUUACCGAUGCUCUCUGACCUUCGACCCUCGUACGGCCAACGGGCACCUGUUUCUUUCCCAGGAGAACCGGAGGGCAGAGCACCUGACCUCCGGGCCACGCCUUGUCCCAGCCCACGAAUUCCGCUUCGAUCACACCUGGCAGGUGCUCUGCUUUCAAGGCUUCACACACGGACAGCACUACUGGGAGCUGGAGGUGUCCAAGCCUUGGGCAUACCUCGGGGUAACCUACGAGACCAUCCCGAGGAAGGAGAAGGGCAAGAGGUGCAUGGUGGGUAUGAACGAACUGUCCUGGAGCCUGCAGCUGGACGAGCAUCAGCUCAGCGCCUGGCACAACGGCCGGCGGGAGACCCUGGCCGGCCACUCCCAGCACAGCCGCAUCGGCAUGCUGCUGGACUACGAGGCGGGGACGCUCACCUACUACGGAGACGGGCAGACCAGGCUCCACGCCUUCCACUGUGCCUUCAGCCAGGAGCUGUUCCCCGCCUGCUGGAUAGGAGAGGGGGUCAGCAUCACCCUCUGCUCCACGUGAGCACAAAGACACGUGAAGACGAAGAAGAAGCACUAUCAAACAUAGGCACUAGCUGACUCAACAUAGAGGAUCUCCCUUAAACAUUUUAGUGGUUUUUUAAAUCUUUUUUUUUUCUUUACAAUGACUGCCUUCCUACAUUGUUUGAAGCAGAUGAACUGACUGUGACGAGCCUUCCCCCCAACACUGUCCCCCCUGGCUUUGGCUUAUUCACAUUAAUACCACAUGACAAUAACAGCUAAGGAAAUGGUCACAAACUGUGGUCCUGAAGGCCGUUCGGGUUCUGUUUUGAGGACAGCACUAUGAAAUUACCCUCAGUUUAGAUCAAUGUCUGCUUUCAAGUCGACAUGACAAAUCUCUUCCAACGCUAUGUCCAAUCGUUGUACUUUCACUACACCUUGUUAUACGACAAGGCAAUACGCAUUUAUUUUAGGUGGCUGGGCUCACAGGUAAGUACGGGAAAAAAAAAUCCACAUUCAUGCUGAGGUCAGGCUGCUGUAUGCCGAGUGAUUAGUUAGAAACCAGAGAGUAUCUGAGGAGCUAAUAAGUACAGUAGUAUCCAUUGUGUUGCUGUACGAGUGCUGGAUUACAACUAAACAGACUACUCCUGCAUAAUUUCCCUUAACCCUAAGUCUUAAAGUAAGUGCCGUUUGGCUGGUCUUAAAAAUACCUUAAAAGGAUGUCAGUCUGCACUGCCAGUUUGUGUUGCACAUAUGUCCAAUUUUUACUGUCCCUGACCUUUUUCUGCUUUGAAGAAGUAGUUCAUCAUUUUUGGCUCAUUUGCUUAUUUGCUGAGAGUUAGAUGAGAAGAUCAAUACCACUUUGUAGAGUAACUUAUGCUUCAGCUAAACUGCUCAGAUAUAACAAAAUCUGAAUCCCAGCCUCUUUAAAGCUCAUUAAUUCUAACGCUAGGAUGUUUUUCCAAUGGCAACCAGCGGAGAAAACAGGAAGUAGAAGAAAUAAUCUAGCACAUAACUUUUCAUGAAACUAAACCUGUUGUUUUUGCACUUUGGUUUCCCCAUGAAUUGAAAAAAAAUAGAUGUUUUGGUUAAGUCAGUGCAUUUUAAAGGUGCUGAUUGGUGACCUUUGUUGCCAUUGGCUACCAGUUUUCAUUCCUAGCUAAUCAUCUGGCAGCUGUACGUUAAGCGUACAAACAAGGAGUUGUUUCAACCCUUAAACUCUGCAAAAAAAGCGAGUAAGUGUUUAGGAAAGACAAAGGGACAUUUUUUAUAAUGCGGACAAGCCAUUUGUCGAGGAACUGCUGAACAUAAUCUAUAUGAACAGAUAUCUGCAUUCAUAUGCAGACUCUGUAGGCAACUACAGGACACGAUUUUGGUAUUGGAAGCUCUCUGGUUUCCAUUUGUAGUCCAUUUGUUGGCCAGGCAGUAUUGACUUUCGAGUGGGAGUUGAACAAUUUGCGCUGAGAGGCAGAAAUACAAUCUCUGAACGUAUUAGCUAUGUUUGAUGACAACUUAGCUUUGUAUUACUUUUUUAAAAGUAUUUAUCUGCAUUUAUAGGCAGGUAUCUGUUUACAGGGAUUAGCCGGGUUGACUGGCACGCGGGGAAGGAAGUCUUGAUAGGGAUGGCCUCUUACUACACCAGAUCGCCUGUAGUAUCGGCCGCCCUCGGGGGGCUUAUCGUCAUCAGGCUGUUAGAUGAUAGGUUCCAAAAUUUACUAAAACCCAACUUUACAUAUCGCCUGAGCUGCUUGAAGAUCUGGCAGUUCUCCUGGUAAUACUUAGUUUUUGAAAACUUUAAAAAGUACUUCACCUGCAAAAUCAAUGUAUAUCAAUUACUCACUGUUACUUUGAA